AUGUCGGAAAAUGCACCUCGAAGCAUGAUCCAGGGAGCUGAACAAAAGAGUUGUGACACUUCCAGUUUGUCUGGGAAGGAUGAGUCACAGUCAGUCUGUGAAAGCACAGAGUCAAACAAGACUUCCAGAGUGUUUGAAAAGGGGGAUAACUCUGAUAUGAGUAGAAACACCAGAUCAAACUCUGACAGUAGCAAUGAUUGUGAUGAUACGGAAGACAGGGAUAGUAUGUUCAGUGAGUUGAGGAAGGGUGGGUAUUCAUUCUCUCAACAGGAUGUUAGGGCUGAGUGUUUGAACUCUCCAACUGAGAGGCACCGACACCUGUGUGAGGGUGGUGUGCCUGAAAAUCUCCCAUCUGGUGACAGUCACAAUAAGCCUGAAGCACUAUCUGAUGAUGAUCGGAAAAAACCUGAAACCCCAUCUGCGGGUGACAAGCAGAUCAAGUCUGAAGCGCCACCUUGCAAUGAUGAACAGAGUAUGUCUGAAGCUCCAACUGGUGGUGAUUAUGAACAAUCCAGCACACCUCCAUAUUGCAAAGACUAUGCUCCAGUAGAGAGAGAGAGGACAUGAAGGAGAGGCUUGAGAGAAUCCAUGGAACCAAUCUUGGUUUUACAGCCAAUGUGGCUGCCAUGGCUGCUGCUAGAUCCGCAUUGCUUCGACAAAGUGAGCAGACAUUUGGUGACACCUUCGGAGACAGCAGUGAAGAUGAGGAAGAUGUUGUUGGAUAGAUGGCUACAUCACUCAUAUCUUGGCUAAGACAAUAUGGAGGAGAUCGGUUUCACAGAUGACAUGGGGACGUGCAUGUUCUUCUUUGGCCUCAAUACUUUAUUUCUUGUUUUCAGGAUUACCUGUUUUUCAUGAUAACCUGAAUGUAAGACUACAAGAAGCAGGUCUGAUUUGAAAGUGUAUUAAAAAAAUUAUAAAAAGAA